GCCGCUUCGGCGAUGGUCAGCAAAGACCGGGACCAACUUUUUACAGCGGUCGUGAUAGCAAGACCGAACAAGAUAGACGAUGACUCUUCCUUCGCCUCUCCCGCUUAACGAUCUUCAUCGUCUUGCGUCCGGCUUUGGCGACAAGCGGAGCUGUAUAUGCGAAUCAUAUCGUAUAUCGAUAUUACACGUUACAGCAACUCCCGCAUACAUUGUGCAUAUUGUAUCCAGAGAGCGCUUGUCGCGUGCUUUAGUUUCCUUUUCCCCUUCGUCACCCUGCUUAUUCGACCCUUAAGAAGUUAGUCGCGAUUCCUAUCAUAUCCUUCCCCAGACUAUUUUUUCCCGUCUUUAAUAGAAACGUAUCCCCUUUUUACUCAUCAGGCCGUCCUCUCCUGUUCUUUAUAUGCUUCCACUCUAUCCGAAAUCGCGGGUUGAGGCCGUAACAGGUGUGACGACUUAAACUGGCGCCCUUUCCAUUUCAACUUACUGUUACGCCCUAGCCGUGAAACACUCUAGGUUGUAGAUAACGCCCUUCCAAAAUGACGACCAUCGAUGAGCUACCUGAGAUGGAGUUCGUCAACUGGGAUGGUACAGGAGUUGGCACUUCCUUCGAUCCCGUGACAAUAUCGGAGGGCGCAGCCGGUACCUUCGAUGCCGUCGCCACAUCAUCGGACCAACCAAACAUGGACCUCAUGUUCGGGGACGUUGAAGGUGAUGACUGGUCGUACUGGGCCCUUGAACACUUCGAGUCAACUCAAGUGCCGCAGGACAUCGACAUAUCGGCUCUCCCGGAACCGGAGCCCGCGGCAAACUCGCAGAUGUACUGGGAGACGCCGGAGGCUCCAUGCACCCAUUGCGCCACCGGGGGUUACCAAUGCAAGCGAAUCCGUGAAGGUAAGUACAGAGGUUACUGUACGAGCUGCGUUGCCCUACGAUGCGAGUGUAGCUUCGGGCCCCUGGAUAACAACUUGACUGCCGAGGCGGGUACGACUUUCCCUGCGAACCCCUGGCCGAUCAUGGGCGAUAGACCGGCGACUUCUAUUCUGCACGAAGAUGAAUUGACCGCCAUGGUCACUUCAGCUCCACCUCCUCACUGCCUGUUUACUUCAGAAAAUAGACAGUCGCCGUCAAAGCCCCAGACUAUGCCGAAGAUUGGUGCUCGUUUUUCCCGCGAGUCAGUCAAGAUUUUGAAAAAUUGGGUUGUAACGCAUAGCAGACACCCAUAUCCCACCGAGGAAGAAAAGGAGGGCCUACAGAAAAUUACUGGCCUCAAUAAGACACAGAUCACCAACUGGCUGGCGAACGCUCGCCGUCGGGGCAAGAUCCAACCGACUCGAGCCACAUCCCCUCAUGUCGGUCGAGGAUACGCCCAAGCCAUCGAUAUUCCACAGAGAAGAGGUACACCGGGACCUUUUGAGAGCAUGAAUCCGUUGCAACGUUGGGCGAAUUCACCGCCAGAAAACGAACCGGCGUCCGUCGCAGCUAUUGCUAGGGCUGUGUCAGCUUCUUCUUCUAACUCGUACUCACAAACUUCCGGAUCUGGUCGAAAUAGUCCUUACGUUUCCAAUUACUCGGACGAUGGAUCUAGUAGGUCGCUGUGCAAUCAGUCGUCUGCUAGUAGUCUUGGAACCUCCCACUCAAGUGGUGGCUCUUUCGCAUCUGCGUUUUCUAGCAAAUCACAUGGCUCUUUUGGUUCUCUACCAUCCUUCGUUCGAACUCGAGGGCGACGUCGUCGCCGCCGAGCUCCACCUAAGCGAGCUGACGAAAGUCUAAAUCAGCCAUUGAAGACUUUCCAGUGCACGUUCUGUACCGAAACAUUCAGAACUAAACAUGAUUGGCAACGGCAUGAGAAGUCGUUACAUCUUUCCCUUGAGCGAUGGAUAUGUUCCCCCGAUGGACCCCGGUUUGUCAAUCCAGAGAAUGGUUUGAUGAGCUGCGUCUUUUGCGGCGAGGCGAACCCUGACGAUGCUCACACCGAGUCUCAUAACUUUUCCGGAUGCACCGAGCGAACACAGGAAGAGAGGACAUUCUACAGGAAGGAUCAUCUACGACAGCAUCUAAAACUCGUGCACAAUGUGAGGUUCUUGCCGUGGGCCAUGGACAGAUGGCGAAUAGCCUCUCCCGAGAUCCGGUCGCGAUGCGGUUUCUGCGGUGUCGUGCUGGACAGCUGGACGAUCAGAGUUGACCACUUGGCCGAGCACUUCAAGACCGGUAACACUAUGGCUGACUGGAAGGGUGACUGGGGUUUUGAGGCACCCGUACUUGAGAUGGUUGAAAACUCUAUCCCACCUUAUUUAAUUCAUGACGAGAGAAAUACGCCACUACCUUACAGGGCUAGCACUGGCCCGCCAGCGACACCGACCAAUGCUUACGAACUUCUAAAGAUCGAACUUCAACACUGGAUAUCGGGUUUCACGGCGGAUCACGGACGGAUGCCAACUGACGCUGAGAUACAGGUUGAAGCUUGUAGUGUUAUUUUUGGUGCCGAGACCCAAUUAAGACCUAACCGCUGGGAGACUUCUUCAUGGCUGCGCGAUCUUGUCGUGUCUGCAGAGGAGCAAGCUCGAACCGCUGCCUUCCGACCAAUCCGGAACCCAUUGGAUAACCGAGUAACCUCGCUGCGUAUCAAUGGGAAGGAGGAUAUCUUCGAAGCCUGUGAAUUUGAGCAGCAGAUGCAGGAUUUCGUCAAAGCUAAGCAGCUAUUAGGUCUAACUGCCAUGGAUCAUGAGCUCCAGGUCGAAGCUUGCCGUAUCAUCAGUAGGACGGAGGAGAAAUCCAGCAGCACCUCUGAAGAUAUAGCAAAUUGGAUGCUUCGCUUGAUAUACGCGUCCCCGAAGUGGCUUGAAAAUUUCAAGACACGGGCGUCUUUACCACGCACGGAGGACUUGGAGGAUGUUAAUACAAGGUCAAAGGAUCCCAAGACCAUCGACUCUACUAUCCACAACUACAGUAGAUUGGAGCGAGAGCUUGCAGAGUACCUCCAAGAGCAGAGAUCGAUGGGCAUUGAACCCGGAGACGCCGAUUUGCAGCGGCAGGCUCGUAUCAUUAUCUACGAUACAGAUGAUGGGUGGAAUCAGACUGCAGCCGAUGAUAAAGAGUGGCUUUCUCGUUUCAGACAAAGACACUCCCCGAGCAAGACGCCAGCUACUAUAUCCACAUCCAGUGGUUCUCCAAUCAGUUUACGACAACAAUCUAAAUCGUCUCCCCCAAAUCAGGCUGCCCCAAGGGACUCGCAAUACGUUGGUCCUCUAUUCGAUAACCUACCGUCAUGUCGUGACCAGCCCGGAAUUCAUGUUAGCAUCAACAACUCUUCCAUCAAGACAGGUCCCUUCUUUUUGAACGACACGAACUGCUAUCGUCGCCUAGCACAGGGUCUCAACCGCUUCGUAGCAGCAACCAUGUCCGCCAACAAUCCCAACCGACAUGUUCCCACUGAUGAGGAAAUCCAGUACCAAGCACGGUGGCUGAUCUACGAUGACGACGACCCCUGGAACCAAACCGCCGCCGACAACUUCGAAUGGCUGCAACGCUUCAAACGCGACGCCAACAUCCUGCCCGCCGACAGUGGCCCAGGCCUCGGCUCCAACGACGUAACCUGGGCGCCCUCCGAAGGCGGAACAGGCUUCGCACCCCCUUACGUAGCGCCAAACCCCGCCUCAACAAUCGAGCCCCUAUCCUCCGACCCCACCAUUUUCCUCCGCGAAAACGCCAAGCCAUUCGAGCCCUCCGCAGGUGCCGCAAACCGGUUCCUGCAGAGCUUUACGCGGCGCCAUCCCGCUCCCGCGAAGGUAUUCUGCAGCCGCGAGUUAGAAGACGGAUUGACGGAGUACGUGCGCCGCGAGCUACGCCGCACCAACGGCGUUUUCCCCACCGACGACGCGCUACGCGAGCGCGCGCGACAGAUCAUGGCGAUGCAGAAGACGAGCUGCGACGACCCUAUCCUCCUCGAGCGGUUCAAGGCAAAUGUACGCUCUGCCGCCACGCUGGCCGAGCCAUUGGCUAGUGUACCCGAAAUUACAAGCCUAGGGAGUGCGGGACCGCUUACCCCGGGGAUAACGGCGGAUCUGGCGACUGUAACCUACGAUGAGCCCGUGUUGGUGCUCUCCAGGGAUAUGGAUGUGGAUUUCCAUUUCACGGAGGCGGAGAUGAAUGAUUUGCUGCUGGACGUAAGUCCUGAUCUAGGCGGCGGUGGUGGUGCGGAUCUGAAUGAUGGUAUGACGGGGAUUGACGGGACUGGGUUUAGGCAAUGAUCGGAAAAUACUAGUAGUAAUGAUGUUAAUGGUCGAGGUAGGAAUGGCGGCCGUUUCUUCUCUUCGUAUUCUCUUGGCACAUUAGAUACCAUUUGGGAGCAAUAGCUGUUGAUGCUUUUUUGGGACGGGAUGGGGUCGGGGUUGGG